UUUCAUAUAUUGUUGUUCUUGGAAAUCUGAAAUUGAUUAUGCUUGUUUUGUUCCUUUGAUAGUUAAGAGAAGCAACAUCUAUCUAAUUUAUGUUUACUCAAUAUAUAAAUAAGGUGUGCUCAUCUUCCUCUUCUUUAUUGCAUAAGGCCUCCUUCAAAUCGAUCCGUAUAUGACUAACCAUUAGGGGGUGUUUGGUUCACUAGUUUUAGGUAUGAGGUAUGGAUUUGGAAUGAACAAAGCCCAUACCUAGUGUUUGUUUAAUGUAUUUCUAAAUUUUAAACCCAUACCUCAAACCCAUAAGGUAUGGGGUUUAGAAACCCACGGGGGGAGGUGGGUAUGGCUCAUACCUUACCUCUAGGUAUCAAAUGAAAGAAGAUUUUUCAUUCCUAAAUGAAACCAACCACAAGGUAUUAAGUAUCAAGUUCCAAAUACAUACCACUUAUUCCAAACACAUACCAUUAUAUGAACCAAAUACCCCCUUAGUAUUUUAUCAUGUAUAAUCUCCUUUUGAGGAGUGUUAAUAUUUUUUUUCCAUUAACUCUGUACUGGGUUUGAUAUUUUAUAGUUAUUGUGAGUUGUGAGUACCGACUAGUCUGCCUCUAAAACUGAGUUGUGACCUUGAUUCAAGAGAUAUUAACGUUGGAUCAAAUCUGGCAUUACUCUUGAGUAAUCUCUUGCCCUUAUUAUUUAAUGUUCCCAUGUUUUGAGAUUUUUGUCCUGUAAUAAACACUUUUGUACUUCUGUGUAUUAUUAAUUAUGAUGCCUCACUUUAAUUUGUUAUGUUCCCCAAUGCGAUGGUUCACUUUACAUUGUCACUAACUCACUAAGUCACUAUUAUAAAGGUGGUAUGCAGUGAACUUAGUAGUCACCAUUCACCACUCACUCACCCACUAUACCUGAAUCCUCAAAACUUUGAUCCCUUUUUUCUCUCAUUUCUCAACUUUGUCUCAAAAAUGGACAUUGGAUUAGCUAUGUCUGUUGUCGAAACUCUAUUUACAGCAUGUUCAGAACUGAAAGAAAUAUGCUCCUACUUUGGCUACGAAUCUCAACUUGCUGACCUCCAACGUACAGUUUCCACUGUCAAGGCUGUGCUUCGUGAUGCAGAGACCAGGCUAGAGCUCUCCAAUGAAGCACAGUUGUGGAUUGAAGAACUCAAGGACGCUAUCUACAAUGCUGAUGAUCUAUUCGAUAAGUUCGUCACUCUCACUGAGGAAAAGCAGAGGCAUGUCAUGGAGGGUGGUAAAGCCUCUAAGAAGGUUCGUCGCUUCUUUUCUCGUCAUAAUCCUUUUAGUUUUGCAUACAAUAUGUCUCAAGAGGUUAAGAAGAUUAGGGAGGAGAUUGAUGCUAUUGCCAUCAAUCAUACUAAGUUUGGCUUCUUAAGUCUUGACUCUCAGCCUAUUAGGAAGAGAAGAGAGGAUACUUGUUCUUAUGUUUAUGAGAAUAUUAUAAUUGGGAGGGAGGAUGAUGUGAACAAGAUCAUAACUAUGUUGCUAGAUAGUAAUGAUGUUGAACGCAAUGUUUCUUUCCUUUCUGUUGUCGGCGUAGGAGGGUUGGGAAAAACAGCUCUUGCUCAGCUUGUAUUUAAUGAUGCAAGGGUCUUAAGUGCCUUUCCAUUGAGGCUCUGGACUUGUGUAUCUGACCAUGAUCAGAAACAGUUGGAUGUCGAAGGGAUUCUUCGUAAGAUCCUAGCUUCGGUUACUGGUCAUCAUCCUGAUGGAUCCACCAAGGAAUGGGUGCAAAGCCAGGUUCAAGAGAAACUAGCGAGUGACAAAUGCUUGCUUGUUCUGGAUGAUGUAUGGACUGAGAACCGCAAUCAGUGGCUUAACUUGGCCGAGUUCUUGUUAGGAGCUCAAAUGCGAAGUUGGGUUCUAGUAACUACACGUUCACAGGAGACUGCAAGAAUUAUUGGAGAUGGUUUUUCACAUAAGCUGCAAGGACUGUCAAAUGAGAAUUCUUGGCGUUUGUUUAAAAAAGUAGCCUUUGGAUCGGAACAAUCAGGCCAUCAUGAUGAUGACUUGGUUAAAAUAGGGCAAGAGAUUGCUAAAGGGUGUGCUGGAGUCCCUCUCGCUCUCAGAGUAGUAGGGAGUCUUCUGUAUGGUCAAGAGAAGAGUAAGUGGCUAUCCAUUCAGGCGAUGGGGUUAGCCAACUUAAGAGAAUGCCAAGAUGACGUAAUGCCUAUAUUGAAACUAAGCUACAAUAAUCUAGAGUCCCCUCUACAGAGUUGCUUUAGUUAUUGUGCUGUGUUUCCUAAAGAUUUUGAGAUUGAUAAGAAAAUGUUGAUUAGGAUGUGGUUGGCACAAGGAUACAUUGUUUUGUCAGAUGAAGAUCAAAGCAGCAAAGAAGAUGUUGCGGAGGAGUAUUUUUCUAUUUUGAUGCGCAGAUGUUUUUUUCAAUGCAGAAUAAAGUAUCAAACAGGUGAGAUUAGUACAUUUAAGAUACAUGAUUUGAUGCACGAUAUUGCUCAGAAGGUAGCAGGAAAGGAGAUUUGCAUAAGUGAUUGUAUCAACGAAAACAUGCAUAAAAAAGUUCGGCAUCUAGCCCUUAAGAGAGGUGAAUCUAAAAGAAAUAAUUUCACUAAGACCCGUAUUCGUUCGUAUGUCCAGGCAGAAUGUAAUAGGUUCAACAGGCUCAGGAUGGACCAGCUCUAUUUGGAGGAAUUACUUGCGCAUUUCACGUGCAUGAGGGUAUUGGACCUGAGUUGGUCAAACAUUAAAAGCUUGCCAAGCAGAAUAGGUGAACUGCUACAUUUAAGGUACUUAGAUCUCUCAGGUAAUCAAGAAUUAGAAGUGCUACCCACGUCAAUUAAGAAACUGUAUAAUCUGGAGACCUUAUACUUGACUUUCUGCGAGAAAUUGAAAGAGCUACCAAGACAUAUAAGCAAACUGGUUAAGCUUAGGGUUCUAGAUAUUGGGGGAUGCAGUAAUCUGAAUUAUAUGCCUGCUGGGUUGGGUAUGUUAACCAACCUUCAUAGCCUAUCAGAGUUUGUGUUGUGUGAAGCUAGUUCAAAUUGUAAGCAGUGGUUUGAUCAUUUGGAAGACUUAAAAGCUCUCAAGAAGCUGAAAGGUAAUCUAGGCAUCCGUAUCCAACUCCCCAAAAAUGCUAAGAUAUAUAGUAAAAGGGAAGGAGGAUACCUGAAGGACAAGGAACAUCUUAAGUGUGUUUAUUUUACUUUCGGUGUAACAGAGGUUGACGGAAGGCUAAUAGAUAAUGAAGAAGCAUUAAUGGAAGACAUGCAGCCGCAUUGUAAUCUCAAGAUAUUAGAAAUGGGGGGAUACCAUGGGGUCAGAAUGCCAAGUUGGGCAAAGUCUCUGCAAAAUCUUGUUGACCUAGAACUUGAUGAGUGUUGGGAGUUGAAGCACCUGGCAUGUCUUGGAAACAUGCGUCAUCUGAAAUUCCUUACACUUCACAACUUGCCUAAUUUGGAGCACAUAAUUGAAAAUCGUAGUGCAUCACAUUUGGUGUCAGUUGUACUGCCAAAUGCAGAAGGCUUGUCAGUCCUUCCCUCCCUUGAACGGAUUGAAUUUAAUAGUUUGCCAAAACUUAAAGGAUGGGUAGCAGAUGGUCAUCAGCUUGAUUGUAGCAGCACCAUGGAGAUGGAAUCAUUGCAAGUACUGUGUCUUUCAGGAUUAAAGUCAUUGAAAAUCUAUGGCUGCCCGGAGCUCAAAUCUAUUCCGUCGUGUCCCAGUUUGGUAAUUUUAUCUCUUAGAGGUUUCAGUGAAAGACUGAGAAUAAUAAAGACGGAUAAGCAAAGGGAUUUACCCUUUUCUACUACCUCAUCUUCACCUUUCGUAUUGGAUCCCAUUCCCAAAUUGAUAGAUGUUUCAACAGACAACAUGACAUGGCUGAAAUCACUCCCCAUGGAGUCUUUUCAGAAGGUUGAAAUUAUGUCAAUAGAGCAUGACAAGAAGUUGGAGGAUUUGGGAGAAGUUGAGCAAGUGCUGCGUAGCUGCUCGUCUUCCUUGUGUUACUUGGAAAUAGGUUAUUGUGACAAUCUAAGGAGUGUAUGUGGAGGAUUAGAGUAUCUCACUUCCUUGGAGAGUUUAAGGAUAGAAGGAUGCCCUAAUCUGAAGCUAUCAGAAGAAGAAGAGAAAGAAGAUGGUGACAGCAUUAGCAUGCCAUGGCGAUCCUUUCAUCAGUCCCUUCACUACUUAUAUUUGAAAAAUCUUCCACAGCUCAUAGAUCUGCCUAGUUGGAUACAACACCUGACUGCUCUCAAAAAAUUCACGAUUGAGAAUUGCAAUAAAUUGAAUUCCUUGCCAUCUUUGAUGUCCAAACUCACCUCUCUCAGGGAUCUUCAAAUCUAUUUCUGUUCAGAACGGCUCCGAGAGAGAUGCCAGAAUACCACUGGCAAGGAUUGGUCCUACAUCAAACACAUCCCUGAGAUUAUUAUUGAUUGGAAAAAUGUAAGAAAUUAAAGAUGCUGAUUAACUCUUCUAUUUUCAUUGUAAUCCUCCUCAAUUGUAAUUUAAUGUGUAUCUAAUUUGUAUCUUCUCAACUUUUAUACAUCCAAACAACUUGUUAGGCGUGGAGUUUGUGGGUUUGAGCUGCUGCUAUUGUGUAUAAUUUUCAAUUUUAUGGCUUAAUUGUUUGGAUUUUUUUA